AUGGCAUUUCUUUUCGGAAAGAAGAAGGGGGCGCAUGGUCAUCGUGAAGGAACACCCCCAGGCCCUACAGCAACAACAGGAUCUGGCGCGACUCCAGUAUCUCAACAGGAUCAGCGGCCCGCGGCUGCAAGCCCCCCGAAUAAUUCUUCUCCUAUGAACUCGGUACCACGAUCAAUGGGCCCGCUGCAACAAAUGUCCGGAAAGGACAUUGGUAUGACUAGCUCACAGCAGCAACAAGGGGCUGCGCCGGUACAGGCUCCACCGUCUCAAGUCAAUCCCGCCAACUCAGCGCUCUACCCUUGGUCGCAACGGCGACUAACACUCUCAUCUUCACACCCUUCGCCCUUCCCCCGGUACGGUCACGCCGCAAAUGGGGUUGCGGGGAAGGACGGCGAUGUCUAUAUUAUGGGAGGAUUGAUUCGCUCACAGACAGUCCGGGGCGAUUUAUGGAUGAUUGAAGGGGGAGGAAGUCAGUUGGCGGCUUACCCGGUUGUUACCACCAGUGAAGGGCCUGGGCCAAGAGUUGGUCAUGCGAGUUUACUAGUGGGAAAUGCGUUCAUCGUUUUUGGUGGUGACACAAAAUUGGACCCUGCGGAUGUUCUUGAUGAGACUCUAUACCUUUUAAAUACAUCUACUCGUCAAUGGUCCCGUGCCAAUACUCAUGGACCUCGGCCUGCCGGAAGAUACGGCCAUACAAUAAAUAUCCUGGGUUCGAAAUUGUACAUCUUCGGAGGACAAGUAGAUGGCUUCUUCUUCAACGACCUGGUCGCAUUUGAUCUAAAUACCCUUCAAAGCAACAAUGCAAGAUGGGAGGAGUUAAUUUCAGCAAAUGAAAAAAAUCAGGAUGUCCCUGCAAGCAGAACCAAUCACACCGUAGUCACUUGGAUGGACAAACUUUACCUAUUUGGAGGUACGAACGGUCUAGUCUGGUUCAACGAUGUCUGGUCAUAUGAUCCGCAAACGAACCAGUGGACACAGCUAGACUGUAUCGGGUAUAUACCCUCACCGCGAGAGGGGCAUGCUGCAUCGCUAGUUGGUGACGUUAUGUAUAUUUUCGGAGGACGGACAUCAGAGGGCGAUGACCUGGGCGACUUGGCAGCGUUCCGGAUAUCUUCUAGGAGGUGGUACACGUUCCAAAAUAUGGGACCAUCGCCUUCAAGGCGAUCGGGGCACUCGAUGACUACCUGUGGACAGAAAAUUAUUGUUCUUGGUGGAGAGCCUAGUGUGCCAACUAGGAAUCAAGAGGAGUUGCAAUUGAUAUAUAUUCUUGAUACCGCAAAGAUCAGAUACCCCAAUGACCAUCAGAACCAAUCAUCUACCAGUCCUACAGGAAGCAAUGAAAACAAGCGGUUGCAAGGAGCUGGUGCUAGGAACGGAUCAGUUGACAGCCCUGGGGCCCAAACGUCAAGAAAGCUUGGGGGAACGGGGACUAGGGAAAGUGUGACGGCGGGCCCAACUCAGUCAACCCCUCCAAACGGCCCAAACCCAUUAACUAGUAACAAUACCUCUGGGGGAAGUGUAACUUCUCGACUCCCUAGGGUUGCUCAGGGAACACCGGCCGGCCCUCCACCAAAUCAACAAGCGCCUCCGCCUCGAACAAACGGAUCUGCUCUACCUGGACAGAGGAGUAGAACACCAACCGGAAGUGGAACAUUGCCGAAGACGAGGGAUGUUACCUCACCGGUCCAGGAACGACCUUCACCAACGGCAGCUAACGGGACGAGGAAUCCCACCGCCCAAAGGAAAGCUUCUGGUCAAGAUAUUGCUGUUGCAGACAGCAAUCAUUCACCCACUUCAUCGGCAACGACCCAACCAAUCAAUUCAAUGGUACAACCAAAGGGACUCACAAAUGGCCAAACACCAAAUGCCGGCCUCAUUAGUUCGGAGCCAACAAUGCGACCUCAAGAUGCGACUCCUAUCCAGGAAAAACCGAAAGAGCAACCAAAAGAGCAGAGGUCCCGGGGGAGCAAGGGAAGUAGUUCAGGCGAAGGAGACAUGUUGAGGGAGUUCCAAAAAUUGAAGCAUAUGAACGAAUGGUAUGCUUCAGAGCUAGCUUUGGCGAGGCGGGCGGGUUACACAAUUCAAACAGGCAACAAUGCUAUUUUAGAAGAGCGGGGUGCCGAUUCGCUGCUUGAAGAGGAACGGCCGUUCGUUGAGGCUAUGUUAAUACUCAAGGGUGAACUUCAGAAGGUUCAGGGCUCGGUUGAUGAGCAAGCUGCCCAGGCUGCAAGGAAGAUACAAGAGGUAGAACGGCAGCGCGAUGUUGCUGUACAGGAAGCAGUUUAUGCUAAGGCAAAAUUGGCAGCAUUGGGCGGUAAUUCAACCCCUACACCAGGCGAUCGAUCUGCAGAUAUGGCCAAUAUGGACGCGGAGAAAAUGACAGAUAUGAGCCGGAAGUUAGCUGCAUCACUGGCAGCUCAAGCAGAGUUGAGUGCAAAGGUCGAAGUUUUAAAGGCUGAAAUUUCAGCUGAAAGGAAAGCCCGCCAUUUGGCUGAUGAGACCGCUGGGGUUGCACAAAGUCGUGUUUCUGAGUUGGAUGAUUUCCGCAAUCGCGCUGCUUCAGAGAUGGAGAGUCUUCGGGCUGAAUUAUUAGAUGCCGAACGAGCAUUCCGAGACGAGGCUGCUGCAGGAGCUGAUGCGACCGCCGAUGCCAAAUUGUUAAGGAUUGACCAAGAUGAACUCUCAAUGAAGCUCCAAGAAGCUUUGGAGGACAACAAUAACUAUCACAACUCCAUGGACGAGAUGCGGAACGCAAUGGAGGCGACAGCAAGUAGGACCGCGACGUUAUCAAGGCAGUUGGAGGAGGAAAGACUUGUUAAGGAAGGGCUUGAGAGAAAGCUGGCGCAGGUCAAGAGUGAAUAUGAGGAGAAGGCAGCAGAUCUAGAAAAUGCCAAUACUAGACUAAGAGAUGUGGAGGAGCUGAUGGAGAAAUACGCGGAGGAGGCUCGGGCAGCUAACGCAGCUUUGGCAGCAGGAUUACGGAAAGUUGCGGAUAGGGAAAUCAUGACCAAUACUGCACUCACAGAUGAAAGAGUAAAGGCUUUACAAGAACAGGUUGAAUCUGCGAAAUCUCUUCUCAAGAAAAGUAAAGAUCAAGCCGACGACACCGGUGAAAAGCUUGCCCAAGCUAUGCAGAGGGUUGCUGGUCUGGAAUUUCAACAGGGCCAGGCUAGCAAGGAUGCCAUCGCCCUUAGAAGGCGAAUGGCAGAAUCCCUUGACGAAGUUAGGAAACUUAAACAGGAGAAUGCAGAAAUCCAGGCGAGAUUGGUUGAAAGGCAGCUUGAAGUCGAUUCGAUUUCAGCCAAGCAUGCUGCGCUUAAGGACAUUCUUGCGGAACGCUCUACUCAAGUUGGCUUCGAGAAGCGACGAUCUGCCAUCCUCAGCCCCAGCCCCCAAUCAGGCUCCGCUACACCUGAACAGAACCGCCUGCGAGAAUUGGAACUCAGACUUGAAGAAAGCCUCCGUGCGCACCGUGAGACAAAAUCAACGGCGGAAAUGCAGGCCCAGGAAGUCGAGAAACACUUCCGCGAGAAGCUCGAGCAGCUCGAGAAUGACUACCAGUCGGCUGUCCACUAUGUCAAGGGUACCGAAAAGUUACUCAAACGCAUGAAGGAUGAGCUAGCCAAGAACAAAGCUCAAAAUGCACGUCUUCAACUCGAGCUCGAAGAGUUCCAGCGGAAGGGCCCCGAUCACUCCCGGCAUGGAUCUAGGGAAAUUAACACUGAGUGGGAGCACGAAAGGGAACUUCUCAAUAAGGAGAUUGACGAUCUUCGUGGCAAAGUCCGAGAGUCAGCAACCGCACUCGAUAAGCAAAUCCGCGAGACCAAGGCACAACUGGACUCUAUGAAUGAGACCAAUCUCAUGAAUAACCAGAUGAAAGUACAGCUUAUGGACCUCUCGCAACAGCUAUCUGAGACCAGAAUUCAGCUCGAUAGACUUGAGAACGAGAAUUCUCUCCUAGAGCGCAGAGCGCAAGACGCAGAGGAGCGCGUGUCGUUCCUUCUCGACCGUGUCGAAGAUUCAGUCGAUGCGUACCGUCGCAGCACACUUACCGGUCCGAAUGGUCUCGGUGGCGGUGAACCCCAAUCUACCCACAGCAGCUUCUAUGGCGGCGCUCCAGACGGGCGUAAUAGCGUUGCGUUGGACAGUCUGGCUACCGAGCUUGAUGCAUUGAGGACACACUGGGAAAACACCAACAAAAAUUAUAGACUUAGUAGUACCUUUGAUUUCGAGAAGACGCCAACAAGCACAGAGGGUGGUGAGUUGAGCAGCAGUCUCGCACAGUGGCGACAGAAGUUGCAUCAGGAGGAGACCGAGGCGGCGAUGAGGAGUGAUAGUAGGUCAGGGGACAGCAGGAGUCCGAUUAGGAGCCAGGGUCAGGGAGCUAGCGGAGGCGUUAUAUAA